AGGCCCGAUUAUAAUGAAAGUUUUGGUGGUGGUGUAACGUAGUCUGUAAAUUUUGAUGAAUGUUUGCUGAAAACAGUCAGAAUGAUGAUCUGGUUCAAUGGUCUCGUCGAAGAAGCUGUUCAGAAAGCCCUGAAGGAGAAAAAGAUCUUCCUUGUUUAUGUUGAGGGUGAUGAUGAUGAUUCAAAGAAAAUGGAAACAACAUGGAAUGAUGAAAAGGUUUCAACAUGUUGUUCCCCUGUCAAGUGUGUUGCUAUCAGGAUCAAAGCUGGAAGUUUGCAAUGUGAACAAUUUGCACAAUGCUACCCUCUGCUGUGCAUCCCAUCAACGUAUCUAAUAAACGACCAUGGUGUUCCAAAGGAAAUAAUUCCGGGAUAUUUGGACGUUCCCACUUUUCUGGAAAAAAUAACACCUUUGUUUCAGGAAACGGGAGAUCACAACUACAUUAACCCAGAAAAUGUCGAUUGCACUGGUAGUGAAACAGAAAGUGCACCAACAGCAACAAAAACUGAAGUUGAGAAGGAUGCUGCCUCUGAACCAACAGAUAUUAAGGAAAUUGCGUCUCAAAAUGAUCAAAGUGAGGCAACUUUACAAGACAGAGUGGCACGAGCUGAAAGUCUGAUAGCUGAGAAAAGAGACAAAGAGAAACAAGAUGAGCUAAAAGAGGAGAAGAGGAGAAGGAAUGAGGGUCACCAAUUAGGACUCGCGAAGAAAAAUCGAGAAGAUAUAGAAUCAAAGAAGUGGAUUGAUGAGCAAGCCAAAGCUAAGGCCGAUGCAAAGGCAGCUCGGGACGCAGUCAGGCUGAAAUUGGAACAAGACAAGGCAGAGAAAAAGGCCAGAUACCAAAAGGAAAAAGAAGAAGAAAGAAUGAAAAGAGACGUAAGGAGGAGAACGAUUGAAGCCCAGAAAGCUCCCAAGCCCAAGGAACAAAGGAAAACAACAAGAAUUCAAUUUCGUUUGUCGAACGGAUCGGCCUUAACCAGAGAGUUCCCAUCAGAUACGAGACUGGUAGAUGUUGUCACAUCGAUUUCGCAAGACGAUAUGAUUGGCACUUCAAAUAUCACCUUGGCAACGGUGUAUCCCAGACGACAAUUCAGCACAAAUGAAUUGGACUGCACGCUACUCGAAUUAAAUCUCGUUCCAAGCGCAGCUCUAAUUGUUAUUUCGCAGCGUUCAAAUGAAGGAACUGCAGGUCAAAAUUCGUUGUUGGAUUUCAUCAAAUUUAUACUUUCGCCUCUAGUCGCAAUUUUACUUUACAUAAAAGCUCUGAUUUUCGGUCAAGCGCAAGUGAGUAAUACAACAAACUCAACGUCAAACGUUGCCCAAAAAGAUGAAGGUGUUUCUCAGAAAAGCAGGUCCGACGACAAAAAGACCAGGGACAGUGCCACGGGGUACAAGAAAGAAGGGAAUGUCUACCAGUUUAAGCAGGACGAUUCUGAUGAUGAUGAUGAGAAAAAGACUUGGAAUGGAAAUUCUACUCAGCAAAUGUGAAGCAGUUACCCUUCAAUAUAAUUAUUACCACCAGGGCCUAAAGCUAGCUAAAUUUAUCAUAGAUUAAUAGUUUAAUAUACUUUACUCUCAAUCAUACCAUGCAUUAACAUUGUUUGUUCUCCUGAAAUCUCGCACAUUUAUUGCAAGAGUGGUUUGCCCCUCUCAAGCGACACUGUGAAAAACAAAUUGGUUAAAUGAAAUGGUAGACGUACUCAAAACAACUCAACUUAUUGAAUUUUCGUGUGUGAGCAACACUGUUACCAUUUAAUGUUUGUUUAUUUAUAGUCAGAACACCCUUGCGAACAAACCCCGCCCCUUAAACCAAUUUAUUUAAAAAGGAUCCAUGGUGACAAAGAUGGGAAUUUUUCUUCGUUUUCCUAAUCUUUGCUGCUGCAUGCCCCUGCUCACAAAAUUGACUGAAUGUGUUCUCUUGAAAGAAACCUUAUUUCUACAUCAUAACCGCCAAGUUCCGAAUAAAAAUCUUUGUCAAAAGCAAUUUAAAGGUUCGGCGUUACAUGAUUGACUUGGUUGCCAUCACUGAAAUUGUCAUUCUAUUUCUUUGAAUGGUUCUGGUUCUUCAAAAUUGUUCUUAGAAACAAGUUACCCAUUUUAUAAUUAUUCAAUUUGAAUAAUUGCAUUUUGAGAUAAUGUUUAAUAAGCAUUUCGAGAAUAUAUAGAAUUACAUAGAUGAAUAUGCAGUUUCCAAUUGUUACGAGAAAAGAAGACGUGAAGUUCUGCUGAGAAAUUGAAAGAACAGAACUGAAAGUAACAAUUACAUGGCUGUGAGCAGGGGCAUGCAGCAAAACUAAGCAAAACGUUUCUUCUGAAGAGGUUUACAUUCCUCGACAAAAUAUUUGAUUUAUUCAGUAACAUCUAAACGUUCUAAAUUGUGAAAACAUAGUGAAACGGACAGACGGAAUUUGAUAAUUGCUGCGUUAUUGUCAAACUAGUUAUGAGGGUAUCAUAGAUAAAUACUCCUUAUUUAUGACUCCAGUUAACAA